AUAAGCCGGUAGCAUACAAUUAUGGCAAAGUUUAUAAAUGAGAUCGGUGAACUCCUCGAUUCCUGUAGAGCUCGAGAGGUUUUGUUGGAGGUAUUAUGCCAAAGUGCCCAAUUGGUAAUAGGAUACCAAAUCAAGCGGAGUCCAGACCUAAACAAUGUGGGCUCAGAAGACUCUGGGGAGCCACCUGUGCUUCGGUACACUGUGGACAGCGGACUGCACGACUAUGAACCGGAUCGCAUUACGGCUGUAUUGACGGUGAUGUCGAAUGCGGUGGAUCUGCUUUUCUAUCCGGUCGACACCAUUUGCUGGCUGACCAGGCACAAAGUUUUCGAUGUCAAAAAACAGGAGACCUGGCGCUAUGUGAACUCCAUACUCAGCAUGGUCUCUGCCUACCUAAACGUCGUGAGAAUAUCAAGGAUUUUCUUACAAGAUGGCUAUAAACUGAGCCACUUUGAUGUUUUGUCCCUUGCACACUUUUCGAUCGAUCUGCUUCACACUAUCUGCAGUUUGCCAAGGGGUUACCUGUGGGGCAUGAAGCAUUCAUCCCUUUACAUGGGAGUUAUUGGCACCGUUUCUGCUGGACUGGGAAUUUGCCAGAUCUUGACCAAAAGAAGGCUGCCCAAGUAGAAGGUUUUGCCAUUGAUGCCGAUUUUGGUGAAUGAAAUUUGAAGAUAGUCGUUAUCGUAUUUUUGGCACGGUGAUAUUGAUAAGACAUUUAUAUAAGCCUUUAGUUGGCAUUCUUUUUAUAAGCAGUACAAUAAAAAUAAUUUGAAAUACCUACACUUGAAUUUGUUUAUGUAUUUUUGGCUUUUCAAAUAAAGACGCAAUAGUUGUCAAAAAGGCCUAAUUAGAGGACAUUUUCAAUUCUAUAAACAUCUAUUUUUAAGAAUAUUUUAACUCGAAAUCUUUUUAGCGCUUAAAUUAUCGAUGACGAUUUUAACUUAGACUAUCGUUGAUCACCCGGUUCGCUCUUUUAUUUCAUUCCGUCCUUGUCUCCUCCUGAUCUCUUCCACACACUUCCACUAAACCGAUUCACUUGCGCCAGACCUUCGCUCUCACUUACACUAACGCAAUCUUUUGCCCGUUUGACUACAAAUUUGAGGUUGUUUACAAACAACCUGAAAUAUUGUAAGCGACGAGGAAUGGAAAAUUACCACAAAAUACAUAUACGAAGUAUAGCAAAUGGUUUUGCGUCUUUACAAACGAUUUUCAGCUGAAUGUUCGGACUGUACUUUUAGCAAUUGAAUUGUAACACACUGCAUAUACGAUAUUUGUAUUUAUUACUGUAAUCUGAUUCCCAUUUGGGUUGCUUUCAUGCGUACUGUCUUUUGCCUUCUGAGUAAGCGAUCUGCGCAUCCAACUUCCCGAAAUCCAUUUGAUAUAUACGUGUAACUUACUGAGAGAAAAUCUAUACUGGUGUGUUAAUUUUCGAUUGACCCACGUACACAGUCUCAUGAUUUCACUCGCUCUUCACUUUCAAUUGGAGGCUCGUUUUGUAUACGUGAACGGGAGAGCCGUGCGAUCUAUGGAAGUGUGCGAUUUUUGCAGGCACUCACAAAUACCACCACAUUGCUCGGCGCUCUCUCGCUCUCACUAUCCGGCUAUCGGUGUGCCUGUAUGUUUGUUAAUGUUGGUGCUUCGCCUCUAUUUACCAAUACCAUUUAACAUUUAAAUGCGCUCUGGCUCUCUGUUUAUGUUUGAACCCGGCAAAACUGCCAGCUGAAUCGGAUCAGCUGUUGAUACCAGAUCCUAAAGGAAUCGGAUCUGGGCUGAUUGGGUUAUUUGAUCAAGUUUAAAGCAAAAUUAUUAUGCAAGACUGUACUUUAGUUUACGAUGCUUCUAGAAUGUUUUCCUCACAAAGUAUACAUUUGGGUGAGGCCCCAUUCUGGUUUUUAGAGGCCCCUGUCGAGUGGCGCACAAAUAUGGCGAGGCCUCUUCAUUCCCCUCACAAUGUUCCUCGAUCUUCUCUGAGUUGAUUGUUAGUCUACAUGCAGCACCAUAUACAUACGUAUAAACAUAUAUGAUACGAUAAGCCAGCGCACGUUCUCUGUCUCUAUCGCUCCCACGAAUCGCAUUGAUUCAGUCGGGUAUAAAAGGCAGCGAGCUCUCCCAGUCAGUAUUCAGUAAGCAACAAGUGUGCAAGCCAAUAACAGCUACCAGCUGAGCAACUAACGAGUUUUUUCCAAGUGAAA